AUCGUCAGCAUUUAUUACAUCUAUAAAAACAUGGCCUAAAAGUUAAAUUUUAUAGUAUAUGAACAUCAGCAUGGGAGCUACACUAUAUACAGUGUUAUUUUUUAUGUUACUAGUACAUGUGAAUACCAAAUCACCUCCCAAGCCGAAAUUGAGCAGCGAGGCGAAAGAUGAUGACGACGAGAAUACUUUUGAUCAUAUUAUAAAACAAAACGAAGCCCUCAGAAAAAUCAACAAAGAUGCUUUCUCAUCAGGACCUGAAACAUUCGAAGGGGACAUUAUCAUGACAGAUAAACUACAAAAAACAAUAGAAGAAAUGCGAAUUCGUUCUGAGGCUGGCAUGAGCACAUUUGAUGCGAUUACUGGAGGGGUGUGGCCGAAUGGAGAGGUACCAUACAAAUUUGCACCAGGUUUUAGUUACCAAAAUGCUGUAUAUCAAGCCAUCAAAGAAUUCGAAGCUAAAACCUGUAUCAAAUUAAAACCUUACACUGCAGCACUCGCUAGAAAAGCUGGUGGUUAUGUCGAGUUUAUGCACGGAGGAGGAUGUUUAUCAUAUGUUGGAAGGCAACGAGGAAAACAACAAAUUUCAUUGGGUAGAGGCUGUGGUACCAAGGGUGUGGCCGUGCAUGAAAUUAUGCACGCUUUAGGAUUUUACCACGAACAAUCUAGAAGGGACCGUGAUGGUUAUAUUACUAUUAAUUGGAAUAACAUUCCAAAAAAUCUAUGGUACGCGUUUCAAAAGUACAAACCAGGUGGAGCGUCUUACUUGGGUGAACCCUAUGACAAGCAAUCUGUAAUGCAUUAUGGGAACUAUGCCUUCAGCAACAACCGCCAAAAGACAAUUGUAUCCAAAAGUAACCCAAACGAACGAUUGGGGCAAAGAAAUGGUCUCAGUCCUAUAGAUGUAAAUCAGCUAAAUAAAUAUUACAAAUGUGGAGGAGGACCAACAAUAACAAACCCUCCACCGACAGCUUGCAAUAAUUUAUAUCCGUUCUGUAAAGUAUUAACAAAAUGGUGUACAAACCAAUGGGUUAAAGGAAAUUGUAAAGACUCCUGCAACCUUUGCAACAAACCCCCUCCACCACCAUGCAAUGAUAAAGACAAAAGUGGCAACUGCGGAUACUGGACACGAGCUGGAUAUUGUAAACAUAAAGAAUAUAAAGGAUUUAUGCAAGAUAACUGUAAAAAAAGUUGUAAAUUAUGUUAGAACUUAAAAGAAUAUGAUUCUGUAUAUUAACUAUUAGUUUUAAGGCA